ACCGUUUGAACCCUAGGGAUGCUUUUUACGGCGGAAGAACAAAUGCCGUCAAAUUAUUUUAUGAGGGGAAUGCGAAAUAUGUGGAUUUCACAUCCUUAUAUCCUUGGGUAUUUAUUUUUGACUUUUUUUUCUGACGAGUGAAUUUUCUUUUAACUAUUUUGUUUUCAGCAAUAAUUUAUGUUUUUUUGUUUUGUAUUUUUUGCAGGUAAAUAAAUACUGCAUGUACCCUGUAGGCCAUCCCACUAUAAUAACAGGACAGGUAGAGAAAAUUGACGACUAUUUUGGUCUCGUUUUCUGUAAAGUAGUUCCACCACGGGGACUUUACCUACCCGUUUUGCCCUAUAGGUGUAGGGGAAAGCUGAUGUUCCCACUAUGUAAAACGUGUACCUUGGAAGCCCAGCAAACUCCUUGCAGGCACACUGAUGAGGAGCGUGCACUCAUUGGUACAUGGGUGACGGAAGAAGUGAAACUUGCUCAGGAAAAGGGGUACAAAGUAACCCAAGUAGGUUUUGAUUUCUUUUUCUUUGUACUUUAAGCAAUCUAUUACAUUAUACUAGUUUCUGUUUACUUUUUUUAAUGGCAUUUGUUUGAAUAUUUUUAUGCAUAUCAUUUUUUCUUCUUUUUAUAGAUUUAUGAGGUUUAUCACUUUGAGAGGAAAAGUGAUCAGCUCUUCCGAUCUUACAUAGACGUUUUUCUCAAGUUAAAGCAGGAAAGCAGUGGAUGGCCAAAGGAAUGACAGACUGAUGAAGAAAAGGCUGCAUAUAUUCAUCAGUACUGGGAGAAGGAAGGGAUUUCUUUGGAUCCUGCACGUAUAGCUAUAAACCCCGGAAAACGUCAGGUGGCCAAGCUAGCACUGAAUAGCUUUUGGGGAAGGUAAUUUUUUUAUUUUUUUGUACCUUACUCACACACACACACACACACACAUGUAUAUUCAUUCAUUCAGUCAUUCAUUCUUUCUUUCUUACACAGGUGGGGGAUGAACUGUAAUAAAGGCCAAUUGAGCUAUGUAAAUGAUCUACCGAAGUUCAAUAAACUUCUCAUAGAUUCAACUAAAGUCAUCAAAGAUGUCUAUUUUCCCAAUGAUGUAGUAGCAGCUGUACAUUGGGAAACAUCAAAAGAGUUUGUGAAGCAGGACGCUUCCACAAAUAUCUUCAUUGCAGCCUUCACCACAGCUUGGGCCAGAAUGAAGCUGUAUGGAGAAAUGGAUAAGUUGAAGGAAGCCGUCCUGUAUCAUGAUACGGACUCGAUAAUUUUUUUCCAGACGACCAGUUAUAAUCCUCCUCUAGGGAACUUGCUAGGGGAGUUCACUGAUGAAUUGAAUGGUGAUGUGAUAACUUUUGUUUCUGGUGGACCGAAGAAUUAUGCUUUCGAGACUAGUUCAGGGAAAACGUGCUGUAAGAUUAGAGGGUUCACACUGAACUUUAGGAACAGCAGAAAAUUGAACUUCCUUUCAAUGAAGGAUAUUAUAUUGAACAGAGGAGUCAGCUCUAUUUCCUUGGACAACCCAGCGAAAAUCUGCAGGGAUAGGAAAAGAAGGAAAGUCUUAAACAAACCAGAAAGCAAACUUUAUCAAAUGGUCUACGACAAGCGUGUCAUACAAGACGACUUAACAACCCUACCGUAUGGCUACUGA